GAUGGGAAUAUGUAAAGAUAGAUACAAUGAUACCACACGAUCUAGAAUCCUACCCUCUUCACCUCAAGACAGUCUCGAAAAUAAAGGAUGGAGAUUUCAUUAAUGUGCUUAUCGAUCCAAGCAAUGAAAUUUCCUUGUCCUUAUAUUUCACACCUCUUGAUGUUGAAAUUUAUCUUUUCGUGUUUAAUGAGAAUUUGUGUGCAUCUAGGAACGGGCAUGCUAAUACCACAAUAGAUGGUGAUUUUAUAACAAACAGCACUGAGAAUAUCUGGUCAAUACGAAAGACAAACAUUUCACUAGACCUAGAUGUGAAUAGCAUAACAUUGUUCCGAUACAAUUUCUCGAAGAUCGAACAGGAGUGUGUAAGUCUACAUUCGAUAAAUGUUGUCGGGAUUUAUUUCACGUCGGACUUCUCAAGCGAUGUAAUUGAUGAACUGCAGUACAAACCCCACAAUAGAGAUUACUCCGAUUGUCAGGUGAAGGAAGUAGGUAAUCCUCCAUACUUGAAAUUGGCAUGCAAAUAUGACAACACUACCUGGUUUUCGCUGCCCCUUCACUAAUAACUACUAUACAGUCGGCAGUACAUUAAGAUGUGUUAUAACGUUAUUUAACUCAGCAUGUCCAAAGGACACACAUUUUUAUCAAGCGUGUGGACACAGUGAUUGUACUGGAUAUCAAGUACUGGAGCAUUCGACACUCUUCUGUUCAACGUAUGUAUGCGAUAUCAGAAACCGUUCAUCAGCUUACCAACAACCUCAAGCAGGUACAAUGAACGAGGCUGAAUUUUCUUGCAAUGGGAAAUAUGAUUGCCUCAAUACUAAAGUAGAUGAGCAGUUAGAUUGUCGGUUUGAUGAGGAAGAUCAGUAUCAGUGCAAGGACAACUCUAGUUUAAGAACUAGGAAGAAACUAGCAGCCUCAAAGACGUGUGACAACAAAUGCGACUGUUACGAUUGUGACGAUGAAGCUCAUUGUAAUAGUUUUCACUAUGGAAUUGAAUGUGAAUUGAAGGACAAAGGUUCUAAUUUUGGUCAUUACUACGACGGUGGAAGUUACGCAGCCCCAGGAAAUAUUUGCGAUGGUAUUGAACAUUGCACUGACAGAAGCGACGAAAAAAAUUGUUCUCAAUCAAAUAAGACUUGCCAUGACAGUUGGCACGGUGAUGUUCGUUACUUGAAAGAUAACCAAAUAUGUGCAGUUCCCCGUGGUUCUGCACUCUGUUCAGAUGGUAAAGAUCAAGUAAACUGUUCAGACCCUCAUAAAAUAGCUAUGUCUUGCUUAUUGGCAGGAUCUCCCACUAACAUCUCAAAAUUUGCUGUCUGCAAAGACUACCCGUUGUGUGACGAUGACUAUAACAACAAUUGCCUAGAACCAGAGGGAGGGUGUUCUGUCCACAAGAGCUUUCUCUGUGAUGGAAUAGCAGACUGUCCAGGAGGUUCUGAUGAGAGUGAAGUAUACUGCUCUCACAUGUCCAGUUUCAACUGUACAAGAAGAGUAGCCAGAUUGGAAGCAAAGGGCAACAAAAUCGUCCACCCCUUUCCUUUAAGCUGGGCGAAUGAUAAUGAAAUAGAUUGUAUGGACGGGAAAGAUGAGGACGAUACUUAUUGGAAUGUGUGUGAGUUCGGAUCGAUUAAACUGUUUAUCGAAAAAGAAAGUCGCUGCAUGGAUGUGAAGAAAUGUAGAGAGCAAGAAGAGAGGUUUAUAAGUGUAAAGAACCUGUGUGAUAGAGUUGAAAGCUGUGGGGGAGAGAACGAUUUAUGUGGAGUCUCUAGAGGCAUUCAAACAACUUGGAACACUCUCAUCGAACAAAAGGCUGCGGACACAAAAGUAGUAUCGUAUUGUUUGAAGGGGUUACUGAAUCUUCAACGCUCUGCAAGCCUUCUGCUUCUUGAGAGGGGUACCAUCUCCAAACGCAUGGGACACUGCACAAUUUGUGAGAAAAGGCGGCAAGUUAAAUUUACCGAACAGCAAGUUUGACUGCAGGUUCGUAUACGGUGAGAUGUAUGUUUAUCUGGCUUGUUCCAACUCCUGCUUAGCAUCCUCCACACCGUGUCCUUUGAGGACAAUUCCUCCUGACACUUGUGUCAACAAGAUGAAUGAAAGAGUCUUCACAGUUACUGACUCUAACAAUCUUACAGUUUCUCUGAGAAAACUGAGGGAGUACCACAAUGAAAUUUACCCGUGUGACAAUAAGAACUGUGUGCUAUACAACGAAGUUUGCAAUCUAGUUGAUGAUUGUGGGGAUGGAAGUGAUGAAGUUAACUGCACUAAUCACUUUUACUGCCCAGAAUAUAAAGAGUACAUACCGCUUACCUCCAAAUGUGAUGGUCAGGUUGAUUGCAGAGAUUUCUACGACGAGUGUAACCAUGACUGCGUCACUACACAGAGGUACAUAUUCGGCAACAAUAUUCUGAGAGGCUUGUCGUGGACAGUGGGAAUUCUUGCUAUCUUGUUCAAUGGUUUCAACAUCGUUCAUUCUAUACUUGAAGCAAGAACAAGAGAGACGUUUGGAGGUCUGAUGAACAAAUGUUUUAUCAUUCUCAUAAGUUUGGGAGACUUCAUAAUGGGAAUAUAUUUGGUGGUCAUAGCUUGUGUUGAUCAACAGUUUGGCGGAAGAUAUUGUGAAUCUAAGUACAUCUGGAUGUCCUCACAAUGGUGCUCACUACUUGGAAUUAUGAGCACAUUUGCAACUCAGAUCUCACUCUUUUCGAUGACAGGUCUGAGUCUGUUCCGAAUCUGGACAGUUGGAGAUAUAAUUCAACGUGAUAGAUCCUCAGCCAAGUCAAAAUUACAGCUGAUUCUAACGAUAUCAACAAUAUCAUUUUUAUCAGCUGCUAUGGCAUACAUACCGGUGUUGACUCAAUUGGAGGACUUUUUCGUGAACGGACUCUACUACCACGACAACCCUCUUUUCACUGCGUCCGUAUCGAAAGAUAUCCACCGCCAAAUAUUCCGCAGCAAUUAUGGAUACAUGAAGAACACUGAUAUGUCGUGGAAGUUGAUACGAUCAAUCGUAAGGGACAUGUUUACAUCUGAAUAUGGAGGAAUAGAAGGAAAAGCAAUCCAUUUCUACGGAAGUGAUGGAGUCUGUAUUUUUAAGUACUUGGUGACAAAAGAAGACCCUCAAAAGUGGUACAGUUUAACAAUUCUGGCAAUCAACUUCGUCUGUUUUGUCAUCAUAUCGGUAUGCUAUAUAUUUAUAACUGCCAGAGUUGUCCGCUCAUCAAAGAAUACCUCGAGAAACGACAACACCCAACACACAAGGGACCUCCAGUUGAAAAUCAGUGCCAUCAUCUUUACUGACUUUAUGUGCUGGAUACCGCUGACCGUCGUUUGCUUCCUGCACUACGGAGAUAUCAUCAACGCCACCAAAUGGUAUCCCUACUUCUCAAUCGCACUGCUACCGAUCAACUCCGUGAUAAACCCACUGCUUUACAACGGGGAUCUAGCAAAGAUGUUGAUUGGUCCAGUCAGAGUUUUAAACAGAUAUAUGCAGGAAACGAAAGCUAGAUGGACAACUACUUGAACUAGACGAAGAAAAGUGCAAAAUGCAAGCAAAGAUAAUACUUGUGCAAUAAGUGAACUAUAAAAGCACCUGACCUCUCGAACAAGGCUGGAAAUUUAACAGGAGCAAGUAAAAUCGGGUAUCGUAGCCCGCCUUUUUUUUCUUUUUUUGAGAGGCUUGACUUGGAUGGCCCACGAAAAGAUAACAUGAAGAUGCUAUGCCUGCCUCUGGGGUAUGGUGACUCAGAAGGAGGUUGCCAGAGUUAUUCAAGUGAACCAGCCUGCUAUUUUAUCUUAAAAUCUUAAUUAACUUGAUAAAGUUUUGCACGUUGUCGGAGGAACCGUUUGACACGUGCACUAGAUUUACCUCUCUAUCUAUUUUGUUUUAUUUUUAGCCUAUAUGAGUAUAGAAUUAUAAAACCUUGUGUGGAAACGUUUUAUUUUUUUAGUUUUCUAGACGAACUUUAUUACUAAUAGUAAUAGUAAUUUUUACUCAUAAACCCGUCACA